AUGGAAUUGAAACGCACCCAAACGCGGCAGUACGUUUCCAACGCGUUUGUACUGCUGACUGUCGUCCGUCAUGUUGACCAGCCAGCACCGUCGCAGUCGACUCUCAGCGAGUCCCGAGUGGUCGAGAUCACACCCGAGCCCGCCCAAGAGAGUGAAAUGCUUUGGACAAAGUUCUUCCCCGAGACCCCUGGACCUGUGUUUAGCGGCUUCCUGCACUUUCACGUCCUAUUCACUGUCGCCGUGACCAAGAAGCAGUUGGGGACCAAGAAAAGGAGCAAUUACAACUCCUUAUUAUUCAAGCAUGCUGCGCUCGAAGUAGUGGGGAGCUCGGUCAAGGAAGCCAAGGUUGUGGUAGCCGUAGCCAGCAUUGCCGGGGAUGCCGACAUAUCCUUGGAUUAUGUCCAGGACGACAUUCUAAGGGUGUACGAGUUUGCCGUCACGCUCCGUGACCAACUCGACAGAGGCACCGUCUCCCCUCGUCUGGCAGAGGAGAUGAAGGCAACCUGGCACGACGUCAAGGUCUGCCGACUCAACAAGAUGCACGGGGAAAUGGGACGGCGGGAAUGA